AAUGUCUUGAAAACCGUGUGGUCGGAAUAUGAUCCUAUAGUUUGGUAAUGCUUGUCAGAUAUAAUAAAUGGUACAAAACAAGGACCUAAUGAUACUGCCACACAUGAGGUGAUCAGCAUUAGCAUUGUGGCAUGUAUCCUCGAAAUGUUAGGGAUUUUCAUAGCUAUUCAAGACCUCAGCCUUGCCGAGCUCUUGGGAAGGCUAAACAAUCUUUUAUCGGGUAAGCGGUAUUUAAUUGUGUUGGAUGAUGCAUGGGACAGUAUGGAAUUCUAUUCGGAUUUAUGCUGUGCAGUACUGGAAGGUGAGCCAAUUGGUGAUCGCUUAUCUCAUGGGUUGCCCAAGGACUGUGGUGGUACAGUCAUUGUCACUAGUAGGAUAACCGAAGUGGCUCAACAUAUGGUUGGCUUGGGCCAAAAAAAUUUGUAUCUUGUUACACCUUGGGAUAAAGGGCAGUGCCUGUUAUACUUUGACAGUUUUGUCUUCCGUGAAAGAUUACGGUGUCAUGAAGAAAAAAGUUUUAGCAUGUCUAAUACAGAAACUGUGAGAAAGAUCCAUAAUGAAAUCUUGGAUCAAGUUUGUGGUCUACCAUUGAUGGCCAAGACUCUCGCAUACUUAGUCUUUCAAAACCAGAUUAAUCAGAAUGAUCAUAGUAGGCCUGACCUGAAGAAGAUGUUGAUACCUCGUGAAUUUCUUAUUGAUUGUUCAUGGGAACAUGUUCCAAUCAAUGAGAGAAAUUUUGUAUGGGCUCAUCAGAAGGAUAUACCAAAAUGCCCAGUCUUUGUGUUUGUCGAUUUCAGAAGUGACCUUAUAGGAGCUCUAGCUGAAGACUUUCGCAACCAGCUAAAUCGUGUGCAGGUUCUAUCUGUGUUGCAUGAGAGUUUCUUUACGCGAAGAUGUUCGCCAAUGAAACCAGAUAGGGCACUAGAGGAGUUCUAUGGUUCUCUAGCAAAGCUUAAGGGUGAAGGACAUGAUUUUGCUGAUGAAAUUCAAAAGAAAAUGACAUUUAUAAUUGUUGGUGAAGAUGUUUUUGUUAACUGGUUUUUAGGAGUUUUAUGCGAUCUAAAUUUGCCAGACUCACCCUCCAUUGUUCCGAUUGCACUUGGAAUCAAAAGUAACAUUCCAUUUUCAUUUGGAUGGGAGUUUGAUGCAAUGACACCAGUGAACAAUGUCUUGGAGACGGUACUAAAUCAUACAAAACAGAUCAAGAUAGAUAGCUGGCAUAUCUUCAUAAAGAUGGAAGCCACCAUUCCUACAGAUUAUCAAGAACUACCAUAUUGUUUGAAUUUAUGGCAUCCAGUGCACAUACCAAAUAUGGAAAAUGUGGAUAACCAGCCAUUAAUCUGCGGAGAAUUUUGGAAUUACUUCAGCUUUGGUGUUGAUGAUCCAAGAUUGUAUGGAGCUUUGCGCUUUCGCCACAUUUCUAGGACCUUAAACAGAUUACUUGCCAAAGUAGAGGUUUUGAAACAUCAUGGGGAUCAGUGGAAAACACUUAGCAUUCCUAAUAGCAUCAGGUCAAUUGUUUGUCUCAACUUGCCUAGCUUUGCUGGUGGACUAAAUCCGUGGACAAAAGCAAAUGUGAAGAAAGAUCAAAGUAUAAACUUGACCCCAUCUUUUAUAGAUGAUGGACGGCUUGAAAUUAUUGGUUCCAGAGAUGAUAUGCUUUGUCCGAAGAAAAGGUGGAUUCGCCUUGAUCAGGUGCGAGAAAUUCGCUUCAAGUUUAUAGAGGACUCAGCUGAGGUUAUAAACAUGAUGAUCGAUGGUGUACCAUUGAAAAAAUCCCCACUUGAUGGGUUAGAUGCAAUUGAAAUCUCUUACCAUCGUCAAGUCAACAUUCUUGUGGAACAAGGUUACUCAGCAAAAAGUAUCCAUGACUCAUAGCCAGCAAUCCUGCGACUGAUGAUGCAUGGAGAACGACCCGAAGAGGUUGGUGUAGAGUGUACUUCCACAAUUCCGGUCAUCAAUUGAGACAGAGGCUCUUGCUGAAUUAGAGAUUGAGCUGCUUGCUGGCUAUUUUGAGAAAUGAGUGUUGGAUGAUGAUCGCUUCAGAGAUGUCAGAACCAUAUAAACCGACCUGAGCCUCACCAAAACAACAUGCCUAGGCGUUACCCUAUUUGGAAUAAGACGCAUAUUGUGAAACUAAAACUUCGAUGCAUGCAUAUAAAGUGUAGAUAUGUCAUAUGUCGUAUGUAGUUGUUGAUCACUUGAUUUCCUUUUGAUAAACUAACAAUGGGGACAGAGACUUCAAGGAUGAUAUCGGGUUCACCGGUUGAUCAUUAUUAUAU